CUGAGCCGGGAAUAUUGCGACAAGAAAAUACAUACUUUCCAAAUCGAACCGAACGAAUUUCGUUUACUAUCGAAAUAAAAUGGACGCUGAGUGGGAUUCAAUGAAGCCCUUUGUGCCCAUGGUUGGGAAAGGGGGACACCUUUUUGUUGCGGCGGUCCUCAUGUUGACAGGAUUCUUUCUCACGGGGCUAUUCUCUAUAAAUAAAUCCAUCAUACGUGCCCCCCUAUUGGCAAUCCCAGCUUCUCUAGCAUUUGGGUUUGGAUCCGUAUACUUGAUUUGCGCCGUCGGGGUCUACGUUUAAGUGUUGAAUGGUCAGCUAGGAUAUGGGGGGUUAAAUUAAACUGUACGAUUGGGCCUUGUUCUAAAAAGGGUGUUAAAUAUCAA